AGACGAGUAAGAAGAAAGACGAGGAUCAGAGAAUGGUAGGGAUCUGCAGGUGAAAGGAAAAACAAUGGUACGUAGAGGCCAUUACAGACCCAGAUUGUCGUAUCCGAAUGCCAUCAAAGUCAACCUAGUUCUUAUUUUUGCCUUCUUCUUUUUGGUCUUCAUCUUCUACACAAGGCAAUGGCAUCUCAUAGACGACGAACAAAAUUUCUCCGAAAAUGAUCACCAAACUGAUCAGCAUAAAGCUUCCAUUAUGCAGAUGCCCGAUGAAGAACUCUGGGAUUCUCCUCUUAGUCAUGGUUUACGUCCUUGUGUCAAGCCAACUUCUAAAUAUAAAGCUGCCACUGAGCAGGAUCACUACAUGACUGUGAGAAGUAAUGGAGGACUAAAUCAGAUGCGAACAGGUAUUGCGGACAUGGUGGCUGUGGCACAUAUAAUGAAUGCGACCUUAGUCAUUCCUCAAUUAGAUAAACGUUCAUUCUGGCAUGACUCGAGCACAUUCUCUGAUAUAUUUGAUGAAGUUCACUUCAUUGAAACUCUACGAGAAGAUGUCAAGAUUGUCAAAGAGCUCCCACAAGAAUUGGCAAAAGUUCCUCGGGCGAGGAAGCAUUUCACAUCCUGGGCUAGCACGAGUUACUAUGAAGACAUGACACAGCUGUGGAAUGAAUAUCAGGUGAUUCAUGUGGCAAAAUCAGAUUCUCGACUUGCAAACAACGAUCUUCCUCUUGAUAUCCAGAGGUUGAGAUGCCGUGCCUUAUAUCAUGCGCUCCGUUUCUCUCCUCCAAUUGAGAGCUUUGGAAAGAAGCUGGUGGAGCGGCUUAGAGCACGUGGGGGAAAAUAUAUUGCUCUUCAUUUGAGAUAUGAGAAAGACAUGUUGUCUUUUACCGGUUGUUCUUAUGGUUUGACUGAUGAGGAAUCGGAGGAGCUAAGAAUAAUGAGGGAGAACACAAAUCACUGGAAAGUUAAAAAGAUAAACUCUACGGAGCAGAGACAAGGUGGCUUAUGUCCACUAACUCCCAAGGAGAUCGGCAUGUUUCUUCGAGCUCUUGGUUAUCCACCAUCCUCGUUAAUAUAUAUUGCAGCUGGGGAAAUAUAUGGUGGUAGUACUCGCCUUAUGGAGCUCACAUCCCGUUUUCCAAAUAUAGUUUUCAAGGAAACACUUGCGACCCAGGAGGAAUUGAAGGCAUUUACCAAUCAUGCAUCUCAAACAGCUGCUCUUGAUUAUGUGAUCUCAGUCGAAAGUGAUGUGUUUGUCCCAUCAUAUUCCGGUAACAUGGCAAGAGCUGUUGAGGGGCAACGUAGAUUCUUAGGUCACCGCAAAACAAUCACUCCAGAUAGGAAAGGACUCGUUGAAGUUUUUGAUAUGCUGGAAAAUGGGAAACAAACGGAAGGAUCUUGGUUGUCACAUAUUAUACAGACCAUGCACAAAAAUAGGAAAGGGGCUCCAAGGAGGAGAAGAGGACCACUACCAGAAAUGAAAGGUCGAGCACGAUUGAGAACUGAAGAAUCCUUUUAUGAAAACCCUUACCCUGAGUGUAUCUGUGCUCCGAAAAAGUACUUUUAACAUGCCCAUGUAGGUUCAGUGUAGAAUAUAUAUCCUGUAUUCAUUCAUUAAUUUGUUAUAGAACUUGUACAAUAUGUAUUUUGUUGUAUGCAUUUUAUGCAAAAUUUUGUUGAGUCAAUAUGAGGCUAGGAAAAUUUUA